UGCCUCCGCUGUGGCAAUGGCACCUGUGAAAAAGCUUGUGGCAAAGGGGGGCAAAAAAAAGAAGCAGGUUCUGAAGUUCACCCUUGAUUGCACACUCCCUGUUGAAGAUGGAAUCAUGGAUGCUGCUGAUUUUGAGCAGUUUCUUCAGGAGAGAAUCAAAGUGAAUGGCAAAGCUGGGAAUCUCGGUGGUGGGGUUGUGACCAUUGAACGAAGCAAGAGCAAGAUCACUGUGACUGCUGAGGUGCCUUUCUCCAGAAGGUGUUUGAAAUAUCUCACCAAAAAAUAUUUGAAGAAGAAUAAUCUACGUGAUUGGUUACGCGUAGUCACUAACAGCAAAGAGAGCUAUGGAUUGCGUUACUUCCAGAUUAACCAAGAUGAAGAAGAGGAGGAAGAUGAAGAUGAGAGCUCUUUUAUCUGGAAUGCUUUUUAUGAGUUCUUGAAUAAAACUUGGAAACCAAAAAAAAAAGAUAUAGUUUUUGCUAUUGUGAAUAAAGUUGCUAUGAACAAGGAGGUGCAUGUCUCCCUUCAAAUCAGUAUUGUUAUAUCUUUUGGGUAA